AUGUCCACCACUUUUGUUGAAAAUAUAGACUACCCAAAUGAGGUGACUAGAGUGAAGGAAUCGCUCGAAAAAGAUAUUCAAUCUGUUGACUCUAAUGAUAUUGAUGAUUAUAUAAACAAGUUCCUUGACAUAUCAAACAACGCAAAAAAUAAUGAGGCAGAGGAGAAAAAUAUGACAUUGCUUGAAGGGUUAAAAAAGUUUCCUAAAGCUGCUGCUUGGUCUAUCGUCCUCUCCUCUGCUAUUAUUAUGGAGGGGUACGAUACAACCUUGAUAGCAUCAUUUUUUGGAUUUCCGGCUUUUAAAGAAAAGUACGGAGAAUAUUCCGAUGGAACAUACGAGAUUCCUGCACGCUGGCAGACAGCUAUUCAAAUGUCAGUUAAUAUUGGUGAGAUCAUUGGCCUUUUUAUAGCUGGUAUUAUUGCAGAUAGGAUAGGCUAUAGAAAGACCCUAAUAUUUUCAUUGAUAUUAGUAACAGGAUUUAUAUUCAUUCCUUUUUUUGCUAAAAAUAUUGAGAUGAUUCUUGCAGGGGAAGUUUUACUAGGUGUUCCUUGGGGCGCCUUUCAAACUCUUUCUAUUUCCUACGCUUCAGAGGUUUGUCCACUAGUUCUACGUCCAUACUUAACCACUUACGUGAAUAUGUGCUGGAGUAUUGGUCAAUUGAUUGCCGCAGGUGUUCUUCGAGGGUUCGUGUCCAAUGAUUCAGCCCUCGCAUACCGUGUUCCUUUUGCUAUUCAAUGGGCAUGGCCAAUACCAAUCAUGAUAGGAAUAUUUUUAGCACCUGAAUCUCCUUGGUGGUUGGUUAAGAAGCAAAAAUUAGAACAGGCUGAUAUUUGUUUGAAAAGAUUGAUCACUGAAAACAAUGCUCUAUACAAGGAUCAACUUUCUAAAGCAAUGCUCCAUAAGAUCCAAAUGACUAUUGAUGAUGAACAGAAAGUAAAUGACUCAAGUGAUCUUCCUUCAUAUAUGGAUUGUUUUAAAGGUAAGGAUUUACGUCGUACAAGAAUCGCUUGCCUUGUUUGGGUUAUUCAAAACGUCUGCGGCUCUACGCUUAUGGGAUAUGCAUCGUAUUUUUUCAUACAAGCUGGCAUGUCCGAAGACAUGUCAUUCACUUUCACCAUAAUUAUGUAUGUUAUUGGUAUCAUAGGGACGCUUGGAUCUUGGCUUAUUUCCCGCCGGUAUGGCCGCUUUUUGAUUUAUUUUUAUGGUCUUUGUUGCAUGAGUAUUCUUCUUUUGAUCAUUGGAGCCCUUGGCUGUUCUCAACAAAACGCUGCUUCUUGGGGGAUUGGAGCACUUUUGAUAGCUUUUGCGUUUGCGUAUAAUAUAUCUGUUGGUCCCAUAGUUUACUGUAUUGUAACAGAAUUACCCUCUAUCCGUCUACGCACAAAGUCAAUAAUUCUUGCUAGGAACUUCUAUAAUAUAGCAGGUAUAGCGGUUACGGUAAUUACUCCUUAUAUGCUCAACCCUACUGCUUGGAACUGGAAAGCUAAAGCUGGUUUCUUUUGGGCUGGAUUUUCCAUAAUUGGUGCAGCAUGGGCCUUUUUUGAAUUACCAGAAACCAAAGGAAGAACCUUUGCUGAGUUAGAUGCUUUAUUUGAGAAGAAGACUCCAUCAAGGCGAUUUGAAUCAACUGAGGUCGAAGUUUUCAAUGCCGGGAAACUUAUGGAGAGAAUGGGUGAAGAUGGAAUUAAGGAAUUCGUGGACAAAAAUGAACGAAUUGAAAUCGCAUGA